UAUUUUUAGAUUAAAGGUAAGCAUUAUUUGAGGUUAAAUAUGUUGUUUGUAUACUUCAGAUAGUUUUCAAAAUGGCGGCGUAGCGGUCCAUUUGGUUUCAGAAUUAAGAUGGCGGACCGCCGGGAAAAUGCGUUUCCGCUUUGUCUUCUUAAACGAGAUCCAGACUUGGAGAGAUUAAAGUUGAGAUACAAGAAGAAGACGACAAAGGGAGCUGAAAAGAUUACGAGAAAUGUUUCUUCUGAGACGAUCAGUGUUAUAAAGAAGACCGGAGUAAGAAGAACUAGUAUUAAAUCUCAGUUGAGCAAGGACGUCAGUACAAACAGUGAAUUUAAAUUACCAACGCUAGCUGGGGUAAAUGAGGAGAUUAAAGAAGCAUCUAGUGAACUGCUCGGGAUUAGAGGAUUAGAACCAAGCUUCUUGGCGACCUGGAUACAGGUGAGAUGGGGGAAACUAUGCUGCAUCUAUCUUAUCAAUGAUACGGAGCAAUCCAACCCGUCCUACCAUCCAUAUAGAUAUCAGGUACAUCAGGCUACGGAGCAAUCCAAUCCGUCCUACCAUCCAUAUAGAUAUCAGGUACACCAGAUACGGAGCAAUCCAACCCGUCUUACCAUCCAUACAGAUACCAGGCACUCCAGGAUACUAAGUAGUCCUACCCGUCCUACCAUCCAUACCUCUAUCAGGUACAUCAGGAUACAGUGUAAUCCAACCUACCAUCCAAAGUACACCUAA